UACCACCAAUGGGUAGGUUGGGUGCUGGAAGCAGAAAUCUGUUUAGCAGAGAUACUUUCAUCUAGAUAUUACUGGUGUCAAUAUCAGACCUGGCUACAUUGAAAACAGUAGUAUAACCAAGUCCAAAAAUAAGGUGAAGUAGUUGACAUUGUGAGGGUAAUCAAAGGCAAAGGUUAGAUCUGGUUGCCCUGAGAAAUUGUGGGAGAACAAGACACCUACCAAACAUGAAUAUCUGAACUCUGCAAACCAUACUUGCCAGAUUGAAAGGUUUGAUAUAAGUCAUGACAAGAUGGGCUCGAGCUAAUGUCACCCAUAGUAAGAAGGCUCUGGAUGCAACACCAUGGGAGGAUAUGAGAAAUGCUGCUGCUGGAACCUCAGCAACAAAUAAAAAGCAAAGCUCUUCAAACAGGCUUUCUUUGAAAAGUACCCAAGGGAAGAAGAAAAAUAAGAAGAAAAAAGACUAUCUGAAUGAAGAUGUCAAUGGUUUUAUGGAAUAUUUAAAACAGAACUCACAAGUGUUGCAUAAUGGAAUGGUGAUCAACAGCCAUGAAGCAAAGGAAGAAAUAGCUACAGCCUUGAAAAAAGACAAGCGGCGAGAGGACAGGAGAGUGAAGAGGCAGGAAAUAAAGACAAACAGAAUGGUGUGCUUCCACUGCAGAAAGCCAGGACACGGUGUUGCAGAUUGCCCAGCAGUACUCAAAAGCCAAGAUAUGGGAACUGGAAUAUGUUACCGUUGUGGCUCUACAGAACAUGAAAUCAGCAAAUGCAGAGCAAAAACGGAUCCAGCUCUUGGAGAAUUUCCCUAUGCAAAAUGCUUUAUUUGCGGUGAGAUGGGGCAUCUUUCAAGGUCAUGCCCUGAUAAUCCUAAAGGACUCUAUGCUGAAGGCGGUUCUUGCAGGAUUUGUGGAUCUGUGGAGCACUUUAAAAAGGACUGUCCAGAGAAUCAAAACUCAGAUCGAGCAGUAACUGUUGGUCGGUGGCUCAAAGGAAUGAGUGCAGAUUAUCAAGAAAUUCCAGAGAGUCCUAAACAGCAAAAACCCAAACCAAACAUAGCUAAAGUUGUUAACUUCUGACAGCUGCUAUCCGGCAUCAUUCUCUAUAACUGUUCUUAAUGUAUGGCUAAAAACUAUAGUAAUAAUAUGUUAUGGUCUCAGAAGAUGCCAUAACUACACAGUUGGUCUCUUCGCCUAGGUGAUGAUCACUUAAUAAAACCCUAAUUGAAGUGGAGGCUUUAUGGGGAGGAAAGGAAAUGCCUUGUAGGAGAACAAAUUGCAGCAAGUAGCUCCUGGCAGUCUUUGAACAGGAAGGUAAUCUAUGCAAUUACUGGCUUACCAACGAGCCUGACACUCAGUAACUGCUAGACAUACCACUAAGCAAAAGUGAGCGGGGCUAGGCCAACCCCCUCUUUGUAAAUAAAAACCAUUCCUUGAUGGGAAGUAUCCCACAAUAAAUUUAGCGUCACCAUGGCUAUCCUCACAAUGGGUGAAGCAACAAUGCAUCCAAGUUAGGAACAGUUGUGGAUAAGAAUUCAAAAACCAUGUUUAAACAUUAUUAGUAGCAGAGUUGAGCUUGCAGCAUAAGAAACUGCAAAUGGAAUAAUUCUCUGGUUGUUGUUGUUUAAAUGGAAUGAAUUCAUUCUCUUAUCCAACUUCAAAAAAGCAAUGUAAUAAAACCAUAUACACCUGGUUGUUUUCUGAAUAA